CCUAUGGGUUCAAAGUCUCAUCGCAAGCGAAUGCUAUGGACCCGUCAAGGAAGCCGCCCGCCUCGCCGCAGUCCCCUUCGCCCGCCCUUCCUCCUCCUCCUCCGCCGCCGCCGCUCCACCAGACCGACGCCGACGAGGAGGACGAGAACGUGAAGCAGCUCAAGGAGUGCUCCUCCCUCUACUUAGCCUUACAGGAAUGCCUUGCCCGGACCAACCGGAACUGGAAAUCCUGCCAACCCGAAGUUCAAGCAUUAAAAGCCUGUCAGGCAAGGAGAAAUGAUGGUAGAGAAAAGUGAAAGUGGCCGCAAGCUACGGCUUUACAACCAUAUAUUCAAGCGCGAUGACAUGAUGGAUGGGGGGAUUAGAAGAGAAGUCGGAACAAAAGAUCUACACUUGAUACCUUAAGUGAACAUUUGGUGUUACAUCAAAGUUAUGUGAGUUUUCUUAUGAAUGUAAUGUUGUAAUAGAGCCCUUACAUUUCUCAUAUCUUACAUGCAUCCACAUGCCAUGGGAUACAUAAAGAUUAUCUUGAAUUUUCUAAGAUAUUCUCAUUUGUUAUUUUGUUAAAAGGAAAACAUGUCUGUGCAAAAUACUUGACUUGAUUCAAAAAUGAAACAAAGAAAUUUAUGAAAUGCAUUUAAUUGAAUCAACUGUUUAACCAUAAAACCAUCCGAUAAUUGUCAAACACAUUUAAAUGCCCUUUCCCUUUUAAACGAUGCCAUCAUACCUUGAAAGUAGAAAUUCAUUAUUAUACAGCCAAUCAACAAAGCUUUAAGACAGUGCAAGAGUAGGUUUGGAGGAAGAAGCAGGGAAGCAAAGCUUGUAAAUAAAAAAUAUUUUUUUUAAAAAAAAAAACUUUGAAGAAGGAAGUGUCCAGGAAGAAGCCGCAGAAGCAAGAAAUUGAAGAGAUUCCAAAGCAGGUGCACGGUAGAAGAGUCCAUCUAGUACAAAGCAACCAACUGAAUCAUAAUUUGUAAAUGAAGUGAUGGCAGUAUAAUUUGUAAAUAAAGGUUUAUUAUUAUAUAACAAAUCAACCAUGACUUUUCCUAUUUACAUGGGAGUUCUGAUGGAGCAAAACUCCAAUUUGAGAAGGCUACAGGAAAAAUAUUGAGCAAAACCUUUAUGAUUAGUUGUUAGCUUGACUUGAAUCCUUUGUGUCAAUGCCAAAUACCUGAACUAGGCAUACUCAAGCAAGGUAGAACCGUUUCAUGAGUCUUCGUAUACCAGUUGAUAGGCAGGAAAAUCUAGAAGUUUUGCAAAAUUAACAUUGUCUUGCAAAAUAUGUCUCAACAUAAACAACUUAUUGAAUUAAUAAAUCAACAGAAAAUAAGGAACCAUCUUUGAGUACCUGAAUCAGAAGCAGGUACAUGAGUAGUUUUUAAUGCAGGAGCAAGGAAGUGGAGCUCAAUGAAAACUUUGAAUAGGUAGAGCUUAGGAAGCGGGUGCUGGAGCAAGAUAUUGGAGAUUUCAGAGCAGUUGCAGCACUCUAGGUAGAAGACUCCAGCUAAUAUGAAUCCAUAUCAUCAGAUAAAUCAGGAAAUACACAAGGUAUCAAGCUAAGUAGCCAAAAUAAUGAAACACUAAAACAUACCGAAGAAUUUAGGCCUUCUCCAAAUGCACGCAUAUUCAAACCAUAGUUUUGAAGGUCAAAGUAGAGAGUAAUAGACAAUUAUAUGAUUUCAGCUGAUAUAUGUAUUAAUCCUAAUCAUAAAACUUACGACAAAUAGUGAUCUAAGAAGUAAAUCAAUUAUACGCUCAAGUGUUACACAGCAGAAUGCCUGUGAUUCAGCAGAUAGGAACAGCAAAACAAAAGGACUUGAAAACAGUAAGUAACCUAAAUCACAAUAUUUCAAAAGAUUGCUUCUAACUGGCAAGUGAGACAAUCCAAAACAAGAUGAAUUCAGCAUAUAGCUUUUCAAGUUAACAAGUACUGAAACUGCCAACUGGAAAACAAAAUCAGAGUAAUCCAUAAUUCCAAUUAAAAAUAGAUGCGCCAAGUCAAACUAAAAAAAAACAAGUCCAUGGCAAAACAAAUAAACAAGCAGCUAAAAAUAUUAUCAAAAACCAACUACCAGAGAAACAGAACGGCAUAAUUGGUAAUUAACAUGGCACUAGGCAGACCAACAUUUCCAACAUCAAUGCCAAGAGUAAGCUGGCCUUAAUCUCUUGACCUUAUCUCAAUAACAUCACAUGAACAUUACAUGGUUGAAUUAAUUAAUGCUAAAAGCACAUAAAGAUUUUGACGACAAUGAAAUUCUAAGUAAAGCCAAGGAACAAUGGAUACAGGAAUACUUAAUUAAUUCACAGUCUAAAUGCAACCAAGCAUUACAUCAGGAUCAUACAAAUUCAUUAAGAAUUCGAUAAAAGAAACAAUCCAGAACCAUGUGUCAAUUAAAAUCUGUAAACCAAGAAAACUAUGCAAACUCACAUGGUUUAAUCCGAAUUGGCACAUCAUUUUCUCAGGAAAAUCGCAAGAAGACAGAAUUUUUAAGAUAAGCACAUGCAAAAAUUUAGCCUAUGUUGGGAGCUUUUAAUUCCAAAAUCCUUCCUUUACAGGAAAAAGUUGGGCUAUGGUUGACUACCUUUUAUAAAGAAAGGAAUCGAAUUUUCGAUUCCACCACUUUUUUCCCAACCCAAGGCUUUUGUAGCUUCUGAAAGUAGUGAUAUUUUUCUGGAGGUGUUCGAAUCUUGAAAGGCGAGAGAUCUGAAAUUU